AAUCAGAGUCCUACUCCGUCACGUCCUCCUCUGCUUUACUCAUUCGAACGCGAACACGAGGACGACGGCGACGGUGACGGCGACGGCGGCGGCGGCGAGAAUGGAGGUCCCCGGCUCGAUCGCCGUCGACGACCGGCCGACGGUCAUGGUCACCAACGACGACGGCAUCGACGCCCCCGGCCUGCAGUCCCUCGUCCGCGUCCUCGUCGCCUCCGGCCACUGCAACGUCCAAGUCUGCGCUCCCGACUCGGAAAAAUCGGCUGUUAGCCAUAGCAUCACAUGGCGUCACCCUCUUGCGGCUAGGCGAGUGAACAUUGAAGGUGCAGUUGCAUUUGCAGUCUCAGGGACACCAGCAGAUUGUACUUCAUUGGGAAUCUCUAAGGCACUUUUCCCCUUGGUCGCUGAUCUGGUAAUCAGCGGUAUUAACAUGGGUAGCAACUGUGGAUAUCACAUUGUUUAUUCUGGCACAGUUGCUGGUGCUCGCGAGGCAUUCUUAAAUGGGGUGCCAUCUAUUUCAAUAUCAUAUGAUUGGGUUGGAGGCACAAGCAGCGUGCAAGACUUCACAUUUGCUGCUGAGGCUUGCUUGCCUAUUAUUGGUUCAAUUUUGUCUGAGAUCAAGAAGAGCAGUUAUCCCAGAAAAUGUUUCUUGAAUAUAGAUCUGCCAACGGAUGUUGCAAAUCAUAAGGGCUAUAAGCUCACUAAGCAGGGUAGAAGCAUAAUCCAGAUGGGAUGGAGACCAGUGACCUCUGACAUGCAUGGAGGGAAGAUGUUAUCGACAAUGACAAUGGAUGUGGAUUCGGUCGUGUUGACCGAAGCAGAUGCAUCAACUAUGUCUCAGGAACAUCUCUUAUUUAAGAGAGAAGUAAUAGGAGGCCAAGCUGAUGAUGAUGCUACAGAUCAUCGAUCUCUGAAGGAAGGAUUUAUCACUGUUACGCCUCUUGGUGCUCUUUCCCCAGCGAAUGUGGAAUGUGAGGCUUUUUUAAAGGAUUGGCUGCCAAAUGUGGCCUAAUGCCCUUCCCUGGCUUCCUAACGCCGUUAGAUGCCUUUGGUGACUAAUACAUAUGAGUUGAGGAUUGCUUCUCUAUGUGGAGAGUAUAUGCUUCAAACUCAAGUUAUUGUCAAGGUUAUUCUUUUUUUAAGCCAUGUCUUGUGCCAUCUCUUUGCCUGGGGAUCUUAAGCUCAGGUAAAAGUUGUCAAUGUCAAGUAAGAAUGGUACAAGCUUUCAAUCUCCCCAAUUAAUACAAACAGGGCGUUUCUCAUCAGUCGCCUGUUUUUCUACUGGCUCUAAUCUCCACUAUGAAGCUUGCAUCCUACAAAUGUGCAGAUUAACUUUAACAGGAGACUCGAAAAGGACCCUACCAACUCGCAAAAGAUUGCCUAAAGGCGAUAAUCAUUUUGAUUAAUGUGGAGGGCAUGAAAAUCUUGUCUGGUGUGCCAUCCAUUUUUCGUAGCUUUCCUGAAGUCAACUUCAGCGAGUUUUCGUAGAGGAUAUGAAAGGUGGGGAACUAACUGCCACCUCAACGGUUGAAACCGACAAGCCAACAAUAAGAAGCCAAAAUAUACAUCCUCUUCCAUCCAACUACCUUUCUUAGCCUACUGCUCAGUGCUUUUCGAGUGCUCACUUACUCAAAAUGAUCAUGAAGCUUUCCAUCAUGCUCGUGAAGAAGUACUCCUCACGGCAUUCUUGAAAUUUAAAGUUAAAGAUAAGUCAACAACCUCAAUCUCAAAAAUCAGAACGAAGAAAAGGAAGGAAGAAAGAUGAGGCAAAAGCUAUGGAAGUGUACAGUGGAAGACAUUAUAAAUAUAUAUGUUUAUUAUGUACAUGACUGGGGGUUUCUAGUGUUUCAUGGGAAGCAGAAGGACCCCUGGCGGCCUGGAGCCUUCAUUGUUUGGCGGGGGACGGCGAAGAAGGCGCGUUCGCUUCCACCAGAAUCGACCACAGCACGUGAACGUCCUCGCACGGGCAUGAUUUGACAUCCU